CCCUAUAAGAUUCCAAUAUUUGUUCACUGAUUUCCCCAAUGAGAGCGGCCUUGGCUUUUCUUUCAUCUCACCUCUCAAACUUAUGCUCCUGCUGCCCCCUCCCUCUUCUUUUUCGAUAACUCCCUAUUCCUUUCUCUGUCUCAAUUUCAUCUCUUAUCCACUUUUAACUACUCUCAAAACCACUCAUAUAGAUAUCCAUAUUUGUUAGGCCUCAGCAUAUUUACGCUUCAUGCAAUGGCCAUCGACAGCAUCUCCAACAUAGCCUCCAUGACUCACUAUCCAAAAGAUGAAAAAAAAGAUGAGCAGAAAAAGCUGGUUUUUGAUGCCUCGGUGCUCAAGUUCGAAUCCCAGAUACCAAAAGAAUUUAUAUGGCCUGAUGACGAAAAGCCUUCCGCUAAUGUACCAGAACUCCAAGUACCACUCAUUGACCUAGGAGGCUUCCUUUCUGGUGACCCUGUUGCUACAAUGGAAGCUUCAAGGUUUAUCAGCGAGGCAUGUCAGCAGCAUGGUUUCUUCCUUGUAGUUAAUCAUGGAGUCGAUGCAAAACUCUUGGCUGAUGCCCACAAGUACAUGGAUAACUUCUUUCUAUUGCCACUUAGACAAAAGCAAAGGGCUCAAAGAAAAGUUGGUGAGCACUGUGGAUAUGCUAGUAGCUUCACUGGCAGGUUCUCGACCAAGCUCCCAUGGAAGGAAACACUUUCUUUUCGCUAUUCAGCUGAGAACAACUCAUCCAAGAUGGUGGAAGACUACCUUCUUAAUAAAAUGGGAAAUGAAUUAAGGUUACUCGGGAGGGUUUACCAGGACUACUGCGAGGCGAUGAGCAAGCUUUCUCUCGGGAUAAUGGAGCUUUUAGCCAUUAGUCUGGGCGUCGGCAGAGCACAUUUCAGGGAGUUUUUUGAUAAAAAUGAUUCAAUAAUGAGACUAAACUACUAUCCCCCUUGUCAAAAACCAGACCUCACUUUAGGAACAGGGCCUCAUUGCGAUCCAACGUCUUUAACCAUCCUUCACCAAGACAGAGUUGGUGGCCUUCAAGUGUUUGUAGACAACGAAUGGCAUUCAAUUAGCCCAAAUUUCGAAGCAUUUGUCGUUAACAUUGGCGACACCUUUAUGGCACUGUCAAAUGGGAGAUAUAAAAGUUGCUUGCACCGAGCAGUGGUGAACAGCCAUAAGCCAAGAAAAUCUCUGGCUUUCUUUUUGUGUCCAGAGGGGGAUAAAGUGGUAACCCCACCAGCAGAGUUGGUGAGCCAGAACAGACCCAGAGUAUAUCCAGAUUUUACAUGGCCUAUGCUGCUUGAAUUCACACAAAAGCAUUACAGGGCUGACAUGAACACUCUUCAAGAAUUCUCAAACUGGGUUCAACAGAGAAACAGCUGAGGCGGUCUUGUCUCUCUCUACUGUCUAGUUAAGGUGUCGUCACAAAAUACAAACAAAUCUUGGCAUAUCACUCAGUCAGUGCCAUACGACAAUGAAUUAAUUGAAGAGAUGGGAUGGGUUUUUUUGCUACCAGUUAGAAGGAAUGACCAAAAAGCAAAGAAAUGCCCCCUUUUUUUUUUCAUGUUCAUGAUGUUAGAGUGAUAACAAGCUUGUUAGUGAUGAACAAAUGGCAAGACAAGAGAUACAAAUAAGGAACCCCCAUAAAGAGCUUGAUUAGGUUUUCUUUUUUCUAAUUUUGCAUCUUCAUUGAUGAUACAAGAAAGGCAAUCAAUAGAUUCACCUCUGUUCUUCAUGUAAAAACAAAAUUAGGGUACUUGUUAAUUACUACCAUCUUUUUUUAAAGUAA